GCCUGGGCUAGUCUAGCAAAUGAAGGAUCAAUGACAGCGGUUGCAGAUCGUCGUAGGUCAAGUCGACUGGAGUAGGUACGCAACUAUCAAAUAUGUAUAUUUACGUCAAAAGCCUCACCCUCGAUCCAUGACAACCUUUCUUUUGCUACACACGCAUUGCCAGCAGUCCCUCGUGAUCCAUUCAUUCAUUCUCUAUUCCUUAUUCUUGUGCCUCGACGGCCUUUCAUUCUUGCCAUUUGAGCAUUUUUACCUUCAAGUCUUUCAUUACCAACCACCCUGCAGAGCAGAUUACCAUUCGUUCAUUUUUUCCCUCUUCUCCAACCGCCACUUUCACAUUCUUUUCUUUUCCUACAUCACAUAACAUCAGCCAUCAUGCUCUUCACCUUCUCCACCGCAGUCGCAGCUUAUGCCGCACUAACGUCGGCCGCCACCAUAAAACACUUGCCUCGUGCAGUGACGUCGCUGAACGGUGAGGCGACGGUCGAGGCGCACCAGCGGGACAACGGCGCCACCCGGGCCUUUUCCAGCGUCCAGAUCAAGACAUCAGACGGCAAGUGCCUGUCCGUCGACAAGUUCUCGGGCGACUUCCGCGCCAACCUCACCCCGAUCCAGGUAUCCGAUUGCGGAAGCACAGACGGCCAGAAUUGGGACAUCAUCACCAGCGGGCUGCACAACAACGUGCCCGGGUCGGCGCUCGUCGUCAGCACCCUGACGCAGGCCUGCUUCAACUUUGACCCUCGCCGCAAGGCGGGCAACCAGGCUCUGCUGUUUUCGUGCGGCGGCCGCGCCGACGGCAGUGGCAAGGUGACCAACUCGCAGCUGUUUCCGUUUGCCGGUGGCGCGGGCCCGCUCACGUUCCGCCCCGACAACUCCCCAGAUACGUGCUUCACGGUAAAGGGAGAUGUCAUUGAUGUCGCACCCUGCCAGAGUGGCGAGGCCAGUCAGACGUUCACUCUGGGCGGCGCCGCGGCCGACAACAACAAUAACAACGGCGAAGCUGGCAGCGGCGAGGUAGCAAAGCCCGCCGAGAGCAAGACUGGCACAGCAAAGGCUAGCCCCACCAAACGCCCAGCGACGGAGCAGCCCGCUGCGGCGCCGACGGCUGCCCCGGGAACUGGGAGUGGGAGCGGCAACGCCGUCGUGGCCAUCCCCAACCCGACGGCCGCCGUGCCCGUCUCGCGAGCAGGUGGGACCCUCAACCCGACCGCUGCCGCAGAGGCUAAUGAACGGGACGACACAGCGACGCGAGCCUUCACGAGUGUCUCCAUCCAGACGUCGAGCGGCAAGUGUCUGUUUGUGGACCCCACGGCCGGCGACUUUCGACAGAACCUGAUUCCCGUUUCUCUGGUGGACUGCUCCGGUACCCCCAACGAAAAGUUUGAUCUGAUCACGGCUGGCAAGCACAACGACGCAAAGGGCGCCGCGCUUCUGGUCAGUAGCCUGACCAACGGCUGCGUGUCCCCGGACUCGAGGAGGCAACCCGGUGACACGGUGACAGUGUUUAGCUGUGGCGGAAGGGCAGCUGGCGAGGGUAAGACGAACUCGGGGCAGACUUUCCCCUUUAAUGGAACGGAGACGUCCUUUGUGUUCGCCCCUAGGAGCGAUAACGGGAAACUGUGUGUUAUUCCAGGCAAUGGCAGGCUUGAGGCGGGACCAUGCCCAACUGAUGGGAGCCAGAUUUUCAAGAUUGUCCAGUAAAGCCAGGUGGGCUCUUUGAACUAUAAAGGAGGGCAUGUACUUAUAUGGGACCAUUGAAUGUACAACAGGGACUUGCUUACCAUUCUUAUUGGGCCGUGAAAGUCUAUAAUAUCUGAUCUUUUGUGAAUCGUCUCCUCCAGAGGCCCUUUCAAC